CCCUUCGUGGUGGAGCUGGAGGUGCUGGACGGCCACGAGCCCGACGGCGGGCGGCUGCUGGCGCGGGCGGUGCACGAGCGUCACUUCAUGGCUCCCGGGGUGCGGCGCGUGCCCGUGCGCGAGGGCCGAGUGCGCGCCACGCUCUUCCUGCCCCCAGGAGAAGGACCCUUUCCAGGGAUCAUCGAUGUCUACGGUGUUGGAGGGGGCCUGUUGGAAUACCGAGCCAGCCUUAUGGCUGGCCAUGGCUUUGCUACGUUGGCUCUGGCUUUUUAUGACUUUGACGAUCUCCCGAAGGAUUUCAACAUCAUAGAAGUGGACUACUUUGAAGAAGCGGUGUGCUACAUGCUUCAACACCCCCAGGUAAAGGGCCCAGACAUUGGGCUUCUGGGUCUUUCCCUAGGAGCUGAUAUUUGCCUCUCCAUGGCUUCCUUCUUGGAGAACGUCUCAGCCACAGUUUCCAUCAACGGCUCUGCGUUCAGUGCAAACAGACACAUACACUACAAGCAGACUAUGAUCCCACCAUUGGGCCAUGACCUGAGGAGGGCGAAGGUUGCUUUCUCUGGCGUUCUGGACAUUGUGGAUAUACGGAAUGACAUUGUAGGAGGCUGUGAGAACCCCAGUAUGAUUCCAAUAGAGAAGGCCAAGGGGCCCAUCCUCUUCAUUGCUGGUCAGGACGAUCACUGCUGGAGGAGUGAGAUGUAUGUCCAGAUAGCCUCGGAACGGUUACAGGCUCAUGGAAAGGACAGGCCCCGGGUGAUCUCUUACCCUGGGGCUGGGCAUUACAUUGAGCCUCCCUACUUUCCGAUGUGCCCGGCUUCUCUGCACAAAAUAGUGAACAAACCUGUGAUUUGGGGAGGGGAGGUCAGGGCUCACUCUAAAGCCCAGGUAGAUGCAUGGAAGCAAAUUCUGUCCUUCUUUGGCAAACACCUGGACAAUACCCAGGGCAGAGCUUUCUCUAGAUUGUAGUGCAUUUGUCUGUCGCUGACAUGGUAGAUUCAAGGUCAAAUUUUGAUGUUCAUUAACUUUGUGUGGAUCAGUGUUUCUGCUGGAUGCCAUUAAAUUCAUCCUUGGGACAUUA